AUGACAAGUCGUAUAAUUGUUAAAAAUAUACCAACUAAUAUUGAUGAAAAAAAAUUAAAAGAAAUAUUUUCGAAAUAAGGAGUUGUUACAGAUGUUAAAAUAUGUUUUAAAGGAUAAAAACAUAGAAGAUUUUGCUUCAUAGGUUAUAAAAAUUCAUAAGAUGCAUAAAAUGCUUUAAUAUAUUUUAAUAAUACCUAUCUUCAAAUGAAUAAAUUAUCUGUUUAAUUUGCUAAAACUUUAGAUGAUCCUGAUUUACCUAAAACAUGGUCAAAAUAUACUAAUGUAUAUUAUAUAUAAAAUUUUUAAAAUUAUAUAAAAUUUAGAAAUAAAUAAAUAAUUAAGAUGAAAAAUAAAAAUAAUUAGUCAAAAAUAAAAAUAUAAAAAAAUAAAAUAAUGAUUAAUAAGAAGAAUUUGACCCAUCUAAAAUUUCUAAGGAAUAAAAAUUUUAAGAAUAUUUAAAUUUAAUGA